CGAAACACGUUACUCUCUGUCUGUGUUCGUAUAUACAAAAGUACAAAAUUCAUCAUGGACUCGUGCAGUAGUAAGAGGUGGCUUUGCUGUCUUGUGGCAUCAACCGUGGUUGCUAUGGCAACGGGAGCAAACGAAUACCUACCCCCCAGCAAGGGGUACAAUUAUGAACCCCCAAAAGUGCCCUUCCCGACGAAUAACAACGGAAUAUCAUAUCCAACACCGAGCCCCGGGAGACCGACCCCGAGCAGACCCUACGUACCCCCGGGGCCGACCCCAGGCCCCAGACCGACCCCAGGCCCUACUUACGUACCGCCCGGCCCCACCUCACAACCAAUAAACCAUCAUGAUCACGACCACAGCCACGACCAUGAUCAUCACCACCACGAGCCCGGCAUGCCCUUCGACUUCGCCUAUGCCGUGAACGAGGACGGCAACGAUUACAGUCACAACGCCAUCUCUGACGGUGACGUCACCAGGGGAGAAUACAGGGUCGCCCUGCCUGAUGGCCGCACACAGAUUGUAAAAUACACAGCCGACUGGAGAAAUGGAUUCAACGCUGAGGUAACCUAUGAAGGUGAAGCCCGAUAUCCCGAUCAGCCAGCCGGUUACCCGGGACCCAGCAGUGGACCGGGCCAGAGUUACGUCCCUCCUAGCCAAGGAGGCGGUUACCAAUAUUAAAAUUAAGACUCAAAACGUGUUCAAAUGUUCAAUGUAUAAUUGUGAUUGUUUUAUAAGACCUGCCGCUUUAUUAUAUAAUGCGGUUGCUAACAAUUCUCAAUUUUAAAACAAUAGCUUCUAAGCUGCCCUUACACAUAACACUCUUUCAGGCAGGAAAGAAUAAGCAUAUAAAUGUAGACAAAGAGAUCGAGAAAGACCGCACGCGUCGCCAGUGA